AUGCGUCAUAAAGAACAGCAUGCAGCAUUAAUAGCAUAUUAUUUCUCUUUUCAAUUGCAGUAUUGCUACCAUAUGAAAAUGUUAUCAUUCACUACCACCGAAACACCGGAUUAUCGCUUCACCAUGGUAUUGCACAGAAAUAAUACAUUUUCCUCUAUAACCAGAGUCUUGAAAGAGGUACCUUCACCCAUGUGGAAUCUGAUAUUGGUGCAACACAACAAGGAUGUACGCAAAGGCUCUAAAGUAGAUCCGAAAAAAAUUCUAUAUAAUUCCACUUACAAAGUCUGUGAGUUUUGGCGUUCGGUCAAACGUAUACGAGUCUUUAACAAUGUCGCCGAAAUGCUCUUCAACAAGGAAGGUAUGGGCAAUUUAAGCCUAAAGUGUCCCCUGGAUGUGGGCACUUAUGUUAUGACAAAUAUUCAUGUACCACCGGAUACGGGCAUUUUGAAAAUCAUGUACUGGCCAAAUACCAUCUACACUCUAUUUGGCAAUAUUUAUUCUUUAGAAAAGAAUAGGAAAAUGGUAUUGAAAUGUACUUAUGAAAUAAAUGCAACUGUCAUAAAGUCAUGUUAAAAUUUGCUUACAAAUAUAAAGUUAACUCUCAAUUUGAACUCAAAAUUCAA